ACUUGAAUUCAUUUUGUUUUUGUUUCAAUUUUCAACAAUUAAAGUGAUUAACAUUUUGGACCAAUUGAUUAAACACUAAUUAACAAAAUGAAUUUGGAAUCGCUUUUGUUUGCAUUCGCAAUCGCUGACACUGGAUGUUUACUUUUUCUCUCUAUUUAUUUUAUUAUUACCCUUUCAGAUUUGGAAUGUGAUUAUAUCAACGCUCGCGAUUGUUGUAAUAAACUUAAUCCACUUGUUAAAUUAGAAAUAUUCGGUCAUGGGAUCAUAACAAUUGCUCUUCUUUUGACCGGUCAUUGGAUUUUGUUCAUUUUCAAUGCUCCUUUAACCUUGUGGAUGAUUUACAGAUACUGUUCAGUGCCACAAGGAAACAUGGGACUUUUUGAUCCAACGGAAAUUUAUCACCGAGGGAACUUGAAACAGUACACAACUCAUUCCAUUGUUCAUCUUUGUUUUCAAUUGGUUCACUUUUUCAUUUACCUUUAUUGUUUAAUUAUUUCUCUACUUACAAGUAGCUGAAUCACUUAAAGUGAAAUCAUUUUUUUUUUCUUUCCAAUUUGUGAUUUAAUCUACACAAAUCAUUCCCGAUUUCUACUCAGAAAACAAUCUUAUUCUAUUCGCUAAAAGAACCAAAUCCAAUAAUCCAACUGUAAAUACUCAAGAGAGAUCGCAAAUUUCCAAGAUCUUAAGAAGCGAGUGAGAAAAAAAAGAUGAUUACAAAGUUAAUUAUCGAUAAAUCAUAAAAAAAUUAACCCCAAUCAACCAGAAUGGCUUCUGUUUAACCCAAUUGCAAACUCACAAUCAAUUAAUCAUCUAUUUCUACAUUUGAAUUUAACCAUUUUCUCGUUACUUUAUCAACGUUUUAUUUUUACCAAUAGUCAUUAAUUUACAAUAAUUUAUAAUCGAAACCACGGUAACAAUUAAUUUGUAAUAUAAUAAGAGUAAAAUCAAAGUGAUCAAAUUAUUAAAAUCAUUUAUUUAAAUUAA